CGAUAGCGAAGCCCGCAACAUAACAACCAUCACAGAUCCUCCCGUUCUCUUGGAACGACACCCCAACUCAACCCACCGCUGUCAUCCUGCUGAAUUGGUGGUGGUGUGAUUCGGGCUUUAGCCUCUUCGCCGACCUCCAAUUACGGACUGGGAAUAGCAGCCAUGCCGCGAUCGCCGCAGCUUGCGCUGGUAACAGGCACCCUGUUUGCCGCCACUGGGAAUGCGAUUGGGAUUCGUGCUCAUGGAGACGUCCCGGUCACUAUCCCUGCUACUACCCGCAGACUUCAAACGACGAUCACGGGGUACCUUGGCUGCUAUGCGGAUACCUGGUCCAGAAUAUUCUCGGCGCCAAGGAUUGUUAGCUCCGACAACAGUGUGGAGACCUGUAAGGCCGCCUGCGUCGGUUAUGCUUACUAUGGGCUGCAGUACAGAAAAGAGUGCUUCUGUGGCACUGCGGACGAGGAUUACACCGUCUACGGCGAAUCGGACAACUGCGUUCUCUCGUGCACCGGAGACGAGUCGUCCACCUGCGGUGGCUUUUGGGCCAUGGAUGUACGGCGUGACGGCACCACCCACCACGGCCCCGCCUACCACGGCACCGCCUACCACGGCACCGCCUGUCACCGCUCCGCCUACCACGGCCCCACCUACCACGGCACCGCCUACCACGGCACCGCCUGUGACGGCUCCGCCUACCACGGCACCGCCUGUCACCGCUCCGCCUACCACGGCCCCACCUACCACGGCACCGCCUACCACGGCACCGCCUGUGACGGCUCCGCCUACCACGGCACCGCCUGUCACCGCUCCGCCUACCACGGCCCCGCCUACCACGGCACCGCCUACCACGGCUCCGCCUACCACGGCACCGCCUGUCACCGCUCCGCCUACCACGGCUCCGCCUACCACGGCACCGCCUACCACCGCUCCGCCUACCACGGCCCCGCCUACCACGGCCCCUACUGCGGCUGUCAGCGGAGACGUUCUGGUGGACCUAGUGCCCUGCCUGCUCUCCUCCGUGGCCGACUAUUUGUUGGGGAGUCGAACGAGAACAACCCAGCACUGUAUAUCAUGUCGCUGUUCUUUAAGGGAUACUGGUCUCCCAAGACGGAGGAGUAUGUCGUGUCUGAAACCGACGACCUUACGGCCCUUCUAGUAGACUCGACCGACGCCACGCCCCACGGAUUGUGCAACGCCGUGUACAUCGGCUACGCGCCGUCGACCUCUCAGGUUGCCGCUCUCACCGCCUACUCGGCGCAGUUCAAGGUCCGUCUCGUCUACUUCCCUUCCGCUCUCACCCACACCACCGCAGAGUUUACGGCGAAGCUCGGGAUCCAGACGUACUUCGCCGGCGACAUAACGACUCCUGCGUUCGUUCAGCUCAGCGACUUGGGAAGCACUAAGGUGUCCAUCACGCAGCCCGGCUUCCAGACCGACCCGAACCUCUUCAGCCCCCCCCUGUUCAGCUACCCGGUGAUCAUCAACGCGGUUCCUGAGGAGGGGGUGGUCGAGGUUCUUGCGCAGUACGUCGAUAGUGCCGGCGACCCUUACCUUUCCGGUUUCGCGGGCGACCAGGAGAACGCUGCGGUGCUUAGCUACACCGGUGCCGACGGCCACGAGGAGCUACACGUCUUCAACACCAUCGGCUGGUUUGACGCCGGCGCGUGGCCGUGGGCGCACUUCUACAACGAGUGGGCCACCAAGGGCAUCUUCAUGGGAGAGCGCCGCUUCUACCUGGCAGCGGUCGUCGACGACCUCUUCCUCUCCACCCCGGAGUUCGAGUACAACGGAGAAAUGAACGAGGCCGCCGUCGCCCAGCGGUGCACGGGGGAGGACCUGAGCAACCUGCUCAGCGUGCAGCAAGCCCUCAACACCCAGUACUCGGGGUCGGACAUCAUAACCGAGUUCGCCUUCAACGGCGGCGGGAUCGCGGAGCAUGUGUCACAAUCGGUCGACGGCAUCACGUACGUCCCCGAGUACGAGGAGACCAUGGUAACCACGAAGGGCACCAAGUGGUACGAAGACGGUCAGAUCAACGUGCACGACACCAACUGGCUCGCCACCAACGUCCCCCUCAUGCAGCAAGACAUGGCCGACGGCACCUGGGAGGCCAACGACGAGCUUCUCGCGGCGGUGAUCAGCUACCUCGACACAGCGUCCACGUUCUACCACGGCCACCACACCCUCAUCCACCUGUCCCGCGACCAGCUUCGCGAGUCGGACUGCGUCACGGAGGACACGGGCAACGUGCAGAUCGCUCUCAUGACCGGCAUGUGGGACAGCGACAACUACAACUGGCGCUCAAUGGUAUCGCCCGGCAUCACGGGUCUCUUCAACGAGAACUGCCUCGACUCGGCGGCGCAAAACCUCAUGGUGUGCUACCCUGGCGACAACACCUUCGACGGAACGGUGUCGGGCGCUGCAAUUCUGGUCAACGAAGACAAUCAAUUUCACUCGAUCUACACGACCGUUGCCGACAACGGCUACGAUGGUGUCCAGAUCGUGCCCAGGUUCGCGACCUACGUUUACUUCAACUGCGUUACCGGCGACUGCCUAGUGAAGGAGAACGAGUACAUCAGGCGCUUCGUCUGCGAGUGCACCCCGCUCGACCCGAGCAUCGCCGACUUCAUGUGCUCGAGUACCGCGGACGAAUGCCUUGACAGCGACGGCGCCACGGACAUCCAAUCCUUUGGUGACAUCGAAGCCCUCUUCGACGCCGAGGCCUUCACCACCACGCGCUACAUGCUGACUGGCCGCAGGGACAAAUACAUGUUUCACCAAGCCAACAUCAUCCCGGCAGGGGACGUCGGCGACGGAACGCAGUCCCUCCUCGACUACUGGUAUGAGCGAGUCUUGGAGGUGUUCUCCAGCUACGUCACCUUCCCGGUCAAGAGCAUCAAGUUCGACGACCUGUGCACCGAGUUCACGCUCCACGAGGCCCUGGACAACUCGAGCCCGUACGUCACCAUGGCCCUCGACGCUACCGGGGCUGUAACCGGCUUAACAUACGUCUCGGGCAGCGGGGCCGGCCUCGUGCCACUUACCGUCCCGACCGCUUCGGCCGCCUCUAUCCCCACGACUGGCCUCUCCAUCCAAGACACCGAGACUUACGGCACCGACACCACCUACUAUCUCAAGGACGACGAUGCCUCCACUGUCUCUAGGGUGGGCGCUAAGCCUGAUGCCAGUGAGCUUGCUGAAGUGCCGCUGCCUGUGCUUGAGAGCGUUGUCGGCGACGCCAGCGCUACGCUGAGCCCGGCGGAGAUCGUGGAGAACGCGGAGGAGUUGGCGGAGAACCAGGAGGCGAAUGCCCUCGUGCCCGCGGAGAACGGCGGUCUCUUGGCCGACCAGGGCCUGGUCGACGCGGAAGUCGCCGCAGGCGUAGCGAUUGAAGAAGCGGAGGAAGAAGGCCUUAUCUAGGUUUGCGGCAGAAGGCGAAAGAGGUCCGCUCCACCACCUUUGUGCCCUCGUUUUGGAGCGUACGGGAAGAAGGCGUUCUCCCAUGUUUUGUGCUCUACUUUUGUUCGAAGUGUGCAUAUUGUCCAAUGGCAUUUGUCAUCCUGUGAAAGCCUCGGUGAGCAGCAACAGCAGGAGCAUCUGAGGAGGACAUCUAUGUGCACGUCUUCCGCUGUGUCAAUUACCUCGAACUCUCCUCUUCUCUGCAUGCACGCGUGGACUGCAGUACAUGUCAUGUGGACCCUCGGUGCCUUCCUUCGAGGGUGGUGGAGGCACCAUCAAUACGCACAUGGUAUGACGAAGACUACUAGGACUAAGGACGAACUAUGGCCUUAUGUGUCUCUUGGUAUUUAAAUUUCAAAAGGAAAAGACAGAGGAAGCCGAGUCUUGGCGGCGCGCUUUGCCCUAGAUGUUUGUUCCGCUAAUCGCCGGGU